UAAAAUUAAAGACGGAAACGUGUACAAAGCUCCGUUGCGAGAAAGAAACAGUGAGAUUCAUCUAUUCCUUGCCGAAGAAUCUGGUCUUCUCCCCUCUCCCGGUUCCCUUGUAGCCGUGAAGUUUCGGAUCAUCACUUGAUUUCUACCAGGAAUUUCAUGGUGGUUCUUGACGACGAACUUGGGAUUUAGCCGGGAGAAAUGUCCUUCUUUGUCUUCUUCUGUCGAAUAUGGUGAUAUCAUCUGAUUUUUAGUCUCUCACUGCAAUUUAUUCUGGGGGUCGCAAAAUUUGUGGAGGAAGGUUGAACUUCUGCUCUGAAUCUUUUAUCAGAUAAGUUCUGUUGGAGUUAAAUUGGUCCAGUCGGCUCCUGUCUUAUGCCAUUCAUUGUGACCCAGUAGGGGUCUGUGCCAUUACGUAGGGUUACUAAGUCAAUUUUAGUUGUUUGGUGACAUCGCUUCUUCAAAAAUGGUGGAAUCGAUUGCUGCUAUUUCACUUCUUGGCCAUCGACCUGUCUGCGGAGGAAAUUUAAUCAGGGACGCAUCUGGUAAACGUAAAACAUGGAUUCAUUGUCGACUCCCAGCUACAGAAUUCCUUGGUGGAAGGUUUUUUAUAUCAUUGUCUUUGCCUAAAUCAAAAAAGAAUGGCUUCGUGCCAUCGUCGAUUAAGGCUCUGGCAAUGGAGCUUACAAAAGAGGCAUAUGCGUACAGGGAAGAGAGAGUGCCGGAGAAAGAAAGUAACGGGUUUGAUCAUGGCUUUGAACGAAGACCUGCUUUGUGGCCACCUGCUAACAGAGCAGAUAAACCUUCGCUUCAUAAUCCCUUACUUAGACAAGAAAGAAUGGGAUGUGGCUGGUUGGGUGCCAUAUUUGAGUGGGAAGGGGUUCUCGUUGAAGAUAAUCCUGAUCUUGAGCAGCAAGCUUGGCUAGCUCUUUCUGAAGAAGAAGGAAAGUCCCCUCCUCCAGCUUUUGUCCUCAAGAGAAUAGAAGGGAUGAAGAAUGAACAAGCAAUAUCUGAAGUUCUAUGCUGGUCCAGGGACCCAGCAGAGUUAAGGAGAAUGGCUAAUAGAAAAGAAGAAAUUUACCAGGCUUUACAAGGUGGGAUAUAUAGGUUAAGGGCCGGGUCAAGAGAGUUUGUAAGUGUUUUGAUGCAUUAUAAGAUACCAAUGGCUUUGGUUUCUACUCGUCCCAGAAAAACUCUCGAGUCUGCCGUGGGAACAAUUGGCAUUGAAGAGAAUUUCGGUGUUAUUGUAGCGGCAGAGGAUGUACAUAGGGGAAAGCCUGACCCAGAAAUGUUUGUGUAUGCAGCGCAGCUUUUGAACUUUAUACCUGAAAGGUGCAUUGUAUUUGGGAACUCCAAUCAAACCGUGGAGGCUGCACAUGAUGGCCGGAUGAAGUGUGUGGCUGUUGCUAGUAAGCACCCUGUCUAUGAGCUUGCGGCCGCAGAUUUGGUUGUAAGGCGCCUGGAUGAGCUUUCUGUGGUUGAUUUGAAGAACCUGGCAGACAUUGAAUCUGCUGAAUUUGGGCCUGUGGAGCCUGAGUUGGAGCUGGAGGAGGAUUCAGAUUUAGAUGUAUCGUCUGUUGAUGAUAAUUUCUGGUAACCUGAUAAAUGCACAGUUAAUUGACCUUCAUCUGAUUCUUGAUGAUAAUAGUUACAGAUUAGUCCCUUGUGUAUAUGGAAAAUAUAAUAAAAUUAAAAAUGGAUAGGUGGCCUGCAUUGAACAAUAUUGAUGUACCUCUUUAUUUUCUGUACUCUAUGCAUGCUCUGGCUCCAAGAAGUGAUUUGGAAUUCUGCCAUCCAUGACACUAAAAUUGGUUGACCACCCCCCCCCCCCAAAAAAAAAGGGUUGAAUUAGAAAAGG